AUGGAAUCUGAUGCCAAACAUGGCAGUUUCUCCGAACAUCGAUUGAGCCUUUACAUAAAUUGCAAAAAGAGAAACCCUGAUAUCAGAAUGCUGUUAAAUCUAGCGGCAUUGCCGAAAAAUGCGCCAAUAUAUGAGAAUAGGGAUUGCGGGAACAGAGGUUUGGGACUUGUCGCGAAGAAGAGCUUUAAGGAAGGGGAGUGUAUAAUCUGCGAAGAAGUCAUGGUGUCUAAAACUACGCUUCAGUCUGUGGAUGGUUCAGUACAGGCGUACAGCAACCACCUUGCCCAGCAAUUAAAGGCCGUCAAGAAUCCAGCAUUCAGUCGCAAAUUUUUCCAGCUUCCCCAUCUCUCGAAAGAAACAUGGGGCCCGAUUGCUGCUAUUUUCGAGCGAGGGUCUAUUCCCAUCCCCGCCAAAGGCCGUGCUCUGGGUUUGGAUUCUGCGUACCUCAACCAUUCCUGCCUUCCGAAUGCACAACACUCAUUGUCCGCUCCAGCUUCCAACGGGAACAGAAAGGAGAGAGAUUUCUUGACCGUAUAUGCUUGUAGAAGCAUAGAAGAAGGGGAGGAGAUUACAAUCCCCUAUGAGAGUCUAUACAUGGAUAUAGCUAGCCGCCAGCAGUUUCUAUUGCAGGAAUAUGGGUUCGAAUGUUCCUGCCGGCUCUGUGAAAAGGAAGACCCUGCAACCGAAGCAGGUUUGGAGCUCAUACUCUUAAAGCUUCCGAUUAUAUUCAUGGAGCAAGCAAUAGAUACAGAGCCGGCUGGUAUCUUGCAGAUGGCCCACACACUCCUGGACAUACACCUCAAGAGUGGUAUGACUGACAGCCGCUUCGCUCGGAUCUUGGAACAUUGUGCGAACAUCUGUACCUGGCAUUCUGACAUAGGUAGAGCGAUGGUGUUCCUAUCAAGAGCGCAGAAAGCUUUCCUCACUAUUCAAGGGACUCAAGGAAAGGAUUUCUUGAGAGUUACAGAAUUGGAAAGACAUCCAAUGACGACGGUGAAUGCAGGCCGUACGACAAGGGGGUUAUCGUCGAAAGAAGAUAUGGGAAUCAUCUGGAAAAAUAGAGAGAGGGAUACAGAAAUCAUGUUCAUGCUCGACGCAAAAGAGCUUGGGGAGUAUAUUAAACUUUCCGAAUAUGAACAUGCGGCCAAUGGCACAGUUGAGGGGGGUGAUGAUGGACAAGAUUCCAGCAUAGAUAUUGAGCAGCUGGUGAAAGAGCUGGAGUUGGAGAAGAAACAACAUGAUCGGUCCCGCCACCAGCAUGCAUGCAGAUCCGAUGAGAAGCUCAAGAAGGGAAAAAAUAAAGGUGGCCGAAAACCCAAGGGCAAGGGCAAGGGCAAGGGCAAAGCAGUGCUAAACGAGAGCAACACAACAUGUGUCAAGAACUUGGUUUACAAGAUGCCCCGCGGUUCUCCUCACUAUGUACCUUCUUUAGUCAUUCAAAAUUCAGCAGCAGCCAUGGCCAACAACCAGACUCUUUUAAACUACCUCAUGGUGGCACCUCCUGCUCACCCCAAAUACCAACGAGACACUCAAUACAAGAAACCCAAACUAUAA